CAACACCGCUGACCCCGCCCUCCGCGGUGACGUACUGUCGCCAUGUUCUACACCGGGUUGUUCGCUGUGGUACGAUGUCCCGCUUGGAGUCGGGGUAUCACCCGGGCUCGGAGCGCCCUGGCCCAGCUCAACACGGUAGUGGAGGCCGAGCUGGAGGGCAUCCGGGGGGCUGGCACCUGGAAAAACGAGCGGAUCAUCACCUCCAAGCAGGGACCACACAUCAGAGUGGAGGGCAGCUCUGGAGCCAUUGUGAAUUUCUGCGCAAACAACUACCUGGGCCUCUCGAGUGACCCCGCAGUGAUACAGUCAGGAAUCGACGCUCUGAAUCAAUAUGGAGCAGGACUCAGCUCUGUCCGUUUCAUUUGCGGCACCCAGAAUCUGCACAAGAGCCUAGAGGCCAAGAUUGCAAAAUUCCACCAGAGGGAGGAUGCCAUUCUCUAUGCUAGCUGUUUUGAUGCCAAUGCUGGAAUUUUUGAGGUCCUAUUAACCCCUGAAGAUGCCAUUAUCUCAGAUGAACUCAACCAUGCAUCGAUCAUCGAUGGAGUCCGACUUUGCAAGGCCAACAAAUACCGAUACAAACACCUGGACCUCCGUGAUCUGGAGGCCAAGUUGAAGGAAGCCCAGAAACACCGAAUGCGUCUAAUUGUUACGGAUGGCGUUUUCUCCAUGGAUGGUGAUGUGGCACCACUGAAGGAGAUUUGUGACCUUUCGGAUAAAUACAACGCCCUGGUCUUCAUUGAUGAAUGUCAUGCUACUGGGUUUUUAGGACCCAAUGGACGGGGAACUGAUGAGUUGCUGGGAGUAAUGGACCGGGUUCAUAUUGUAAACUCCACCCUUGGAAAGGCACUGGGUGGAGCAGCGGGUGGAUACACUGCAGGGCCAAAGGCUCUAGUUGACCUCCUGCGUCAGCGCUCCAGACCCUAUCUCUUCUCCAACACCCUUCCCCCUCCUGUUGUUGGAUGUGCCUCUAAAGCCCUUGACCUCCUGAUGGACAGCAACACGAUUGCCCAGACCAUGGCAUCAAAAACUAAACGGUUCCGCAGUCAGAUGACAGCUGCAGGAUUCACCAUUGGUGGAAUGGACCAUCCCAUUUGCCCAGUGAUGCUGGGAGAUGCACGACUGGCAUCAUCCAUGGCAGAGGACAUGCUGAAAAGAGGAAUAUAUGUGAUUGGAUUCAGUUACCCUGUGGUCCCCAAGGGCAAGGCACGAAUCCGGGUGCAGAUCUCUGCUGCCCAUAGUGACCAGGAUAUUGACCAAUGUGUGGAGGCCUUUGUGGACGUUGGGCGCAAGCACGGCGUGAUUUCCUGAAAGACGUCUGAAGUCUUGCAGCAUACACUUUGCAAACCAGCUUAUACGAACCAUUAAGGAUGUCGCUAAUGAUUUGGACUUGCCAUCUCUCUCAAAAACACAAAUUCUGCAUAGAAUACUUAACCAACGAUUGUGAGGAGGUUUGAUUUAACGAGUGCCUGUUUUCUAAAAGAUGUACCAGACUUGUAUGAAAUCAUUGCCUAUCUUUUAUUUCUAAAACCAAAAUACUGAGGCCACUUGAUCUUCCGAUUCAAAUAUGUUACAUUGAAACAAAUCUCAGCAUAUUGAGCAUCUGGGAUUCCUCUGUAUGACAUAUGUAUUAAGCUGAAACGUGUGUGAGAGGUUAGUCCCGUGCAGAUAUGUCUCUGCCUGUUGGAGGUUUUUUCUUUGACAGAGACCUGUUGUUGCUGUAUUACAUUGAAUUAACAACAUGGAAACAGGCUACUAAUCAAUCUGUUUCGACGUUUGUGCCCACACAAGCCUCAUACUUCAUCUGUGGACAUAACUUCCCAAAUAUUGAUCCUUCUGGGUGAAUCAAUGAGUAAGGUUGUUUGUUAAUCUCUCACAGAUAGAUAUAGCUCUAUCUCUGGGUGUGCAGUGUCAUGGUUCAGUCAGUGAACUGGCUGGUAUGAAGGGUGGUUCUAUAAAUUGGCAGACACAUUAAAUUAAGGUCAUCCAACCUGUCUAGUGCAUGCUGGCUGUCUGGACAGCAGUCCAGUCAAUCAUAUUUCCCCUCCUGCUAUAUUCCUCGAGCUGAAAGUUUAUUUAUUUAGUCCCCAACCAGUCUCCUUUUGAAAUAUUCACUGUCUCCACGUACACCACCUUUGUAAACAGAAAGGUCUAAGUCACACUCACUCUGUUUCUAAAAAAAAAUGCUGCUUCUCACAUUGUCUAUAUAACUCUUACCCAAAACCUUAAAUCUGUUUCCCAAAGUCCUGUGCCUUUAGCCAUUGGGAGCAGCUUUAUUUUACAUCUAUCAUAAUCUUGUUGUCCUGUUAGAUUUCCUGCCAGUCUCCUUUUCUGCAAGAAGAAUGACUCCAGCUUCUCUGACCUAAUGUAUCACUAAAACCUCUUCAUCCCUGGAGCCAUUCCGAUAAAUUUUGUUAUGGAUCCACAUUACUCAGCUCAAUGGGGAAGAAGCACAAAAACAGACCACAAUACUUGUCAAUCCUUUCAAAGAACUGUCCAGUUCAGCUCCUUUUUUUUUUUUUACCCUUGCUGUUCCCGCACAGAUCUGAAAACCUUUUCCACUGUCCCUUCCUUUUGAAAGUUAUUAUUGGAACUCCUACCACUACCUUUCAGAUCUUUGUCCUCCUUUUCUUUUUAGCAUGAGGUAAUCUGGUUCGCUAAUGACCUUGGGGAAGGAGUUCUGACUGUAGCCAGUCUGACUGUUGUGAUUCCAGACGUAUACACAAUAUGUUUGAAAUGACAUAAACCAUACUAGUCAGCACCAAGACAGUUAGGGAUGGGGAACAAAUGAUCCAUUACCACUUAUUCCCAAGUUCCAUGAAUGAAUAAAAGAAUGCUGCUUGUUGAGGGUAAAUGCUGGCAUGACUAGUUAGGCUGAAUGGCCUGCCUCUUGUGUUCUGUUAUAUGUUACUAUACAAUGUGAGUGUUUUCAGCACUGAAAUGUCAAAUCAUGGCUGAAUUUAUAAUCAGGUGAAAUAUGAGUAUUGAAUCUUAGGAGUAUUAGAGCAUUAGGAGCAAAAUAUUUGUUUUACAUCAAAUGAAGUUUUUCUUUGUAUAAUCUGAAGUAGCGUGUGGAAUCUCGCAUAAAAACGAAGUUUGAUUGAGUGGAUACAGAAAGAAUGUUUCCUCUUGAGGAUGAACUUUACUACAGGCCAUCAAUAUACGAUAGUCACAAGGCGUCAAAUUGAAAAGUUUGAAAAGCUUCUUUGCCCAAAGAAUGUGGAAGUAAUUACCAUAGCAAGUGGUUGAAGAAAAUUGAGGGGGAACAUAGUAGAGGGCUAUGAUGGAGCUGGGUUGAAUGGAGCAUAAGAGCCAUCAUAGACUGGUUAGGCUGAAUGGCCUGUUUCUGUGCUUUAUAUCCUCUGUAAUCUCUGCUGGCUUCUUGAAAGAAAGAGUUUUGAUGCUUAUUUUUCUCUGCAGGUGAAUAAACAGUUACAGGCUAUGAAA